AUGAAUAUUGCAUUCGGUUAGAAAAAUGAUUCGACUCCAAAAUAAGAUGGUAUCAACAAAAAAAUAAGGACAAUAAGGUCUAGAGUAAAAAAUUCGAAGUUUGCACAACAUUAGAAUAGCUCUCUUACUCCAAAAGAUGAAGCUAAAUAUAAGUUUGAAUUGACUUGUAUUUAAGCUGUACAGAAACAGUAGCACACAUCUAAAUUUAGACCGACCCUAAUGAGUUAUUUGGACAGCGAUGUAUUCAGCAGUCUUUUCAAAAUUAUUUCGAUGCAACAAUAGAAACAUGAAAUCAUUGUAAAAUGUCUCCCUUUUAAGGAAAUAAAUAUAAUAGAUAUCAAGAAAGACUUUCCAUUUUGCUUAUUUUUAGAUUAGGCUUCAAGUAAAAUCACUAAUUUUGACACAGAAAGGACUUUAGAAUGUAUAAAAUAAAAUGAUGUUCCUUAAGAAAUAUUUGAAUUCAUCAUGAAUCCUAAUAAAGAUAUUAUUGGCUGCAAUAGAAUUGUCAACAAUACCUGGCUCAAAAUGUUUGGUAUCAAUUAAGACAUGAUGAUUCAUUACUUACUCAGGUAUUAGUCCUUUCCAUUUUGAUGGGACUUGCAAAAUUAAUUUAUAUAAAAUUAGAUAUCAAACCCAUUUUAUAAUUAAUAGUUGAGAGUUUAACUAGUCUGUUAUAAUGGUUUGAAAUUCAAUGCCCAGAUUUAAGUUAGAGAAGAGACUGAAGUGAAUUAAAAAAAACAAUAAAUAUAGCGAUAUACGAUCUUGUACUUCAUUAAUCGAGAGUAAUUGAGUUUGUAAAAGGUUGAGUAGAAUUUCAGAGUGUAUUUUGAAUUAAAAGAUCUAUCUUAAGAAUUGUCGGAUAAAUUCAUUGAAAAAACCAAUAAAAAAUGUCAAAUCAAGAAAUUAUGA